CACAGACAGAUUUCCUUCGGGGAAUGAAAGCCCUUUUGUUGGCAAAUCUACUUAUGCACCGUGCCUCAAAUUGUUAUGUCUUUUUGUAUCCAUUCUCUAUUGGGGUUGUGUUAUUUGCAAGCAAUGGUCUCAUGAAUUGGGUUGAAGUGGCGAUUGAUCGGAUCCAAAACGAAUAUUAUUGAUCUUUGCUACAGAUUAUUACCGAGAAUAGAGUAGCGCGUUCGCGACCACGCAUUUCAUUCGAUAAGUCGAUCAAGCGAUCAUUGAUGUUUGUGAAGGUCGAUUUCUUUCAUUAUAUGUCGAUUAGAAUGAUUUGGCGCCAUUCAAGAAAUUAGAAGAAGUAGUCAGGUUAGAAACGUUUUCGCAGGUGAUUUGAGUAUGUUCGUGAUCCGCGGAUAAAAGUGUGAUUAUUUAAAUUACAAUGUGUUGGUAUUAUUUUACGAUCUGAUUCCCCUAAAUGAAAUCUAUUUUAUAUUCAAGGUUUCAUGAUGGCUGUGUGGACUGAUGUUACUACAGGGUUUAAUACAGAAGAGGAAUCUGUUAAUUUUGGACCCCGGGCAGUUUCAGAUGACAGUAAUGUAAUAUUUGAAAUUCUGACACUGGCAACAAUCCAGCCUCAGGGGGAGGUUGUGAAGAAUCCACAUGUUGUUGCUGCAUCCUUCUCUGGGGACAGUGUUUGUAUAGCAGCUGAUAGAUCUCUCAUAGUAUUUACUGAUGAAACGUGUUCUGAAGUAAACUUUACUUACACCUUUAAUUCAUCAAUUGACUGUUUUACUCUGUCAGAUGACGGAUUGUUUACCAUUGUUGGUGUUGAAAGUACUGUUCAUUGUUUAUACCAUUCUGCAAAUGGUCAGCUACUAUUUUCAAGGUCAGCAUUGCCUGCACAUUAUGAUUUUUCUUUCAUUAACAUAUUCAUCCAUGCCAUUGGGAACCAUGCAUAUGACAUAUUGAUGAUUGCAAAUUCAGGACAAAUAUUCAGAAUUCAAGGACUGAAUUUUGAAGCUUUAUUACAAGCAAUUCAGAAUGGUGGUAAUGAAUUAAUAAAACAGGUGACUGAUGGCAUCCAGAUUGAAAUCAUAAGGAGGGAGUGUUGCAAGAGUCAGAUAUCUUCAGCAACACUUCUAACUGGCAGUGAAAAUACAAGACUUGUACUUGUGGGUGAUGAAAUUACUGUUUGGUCAUUGGAGUCAUCAACGUGUGAAUCAUGGAUGCUUGAAGAACCAGUGUCAAGGAUUAAAACUAUUAAAGCUGUAGAAAAUGCCAGCUUGCUUAUUGGCCUUACUGGAGAUGCAAAGUUGAUUCUUAUCUGCACACAAACACUUCUUUUUGUGUCACUGUGGCAUGAAGUUUCUAUUCAGGAUUUUGUUGUGCUAGAUGGGGUUUCUGGUAUGAAUGGAACUAGUAUUCUUCUUCUUACCCAGCCCAUCGAGUCUGGAAAGUCUUACAUACAACUAGCUUCAUUGCCAGAGUUGGAAAUCAAAUUCCAAUUUUGUGUGUCUUCAGUGACAUUCCUUGUGUCAUUAACAUCAACUACACAAGAAUUAUUAUUUCUGGAAGGAGUUGGAAGUUCAAACUCUGAAUCUGUACUUUCUCUUCAUAUCAGAAACAUUGUGGAGAGUCUUCCAGAAUACAGAUUCCAGAGAUUGUUGCAACGACAUACAUUUGAUGAUGCAGAGACAUUUGCAUGUAGGUUCAAGCUUAAUGUUGAAUUGGUAUACAAAGAACGUGCCAAACAUUACAUGAAAUUUCUUCAUCCAUGGUCUUUGUCUCGUGAUAGUUCAGAAGAAAUAGUAAAUUUUAAUAAUUUUAUUAGCAUGAUGAACAACAUUAAAGACCUUGAGUUUAUUUGCGAAGCCUGUAUGAAAGUGCUUACUGUUGAUCUGGCCAAAGUGCGGGAACUUCUGGAUUAUGCAAGUGACAGAUUAAAGAAAACUGAUGUGAGGAAUUUAAACACAGCAAAGAUAUCAUCUUUAGAGUCUGAGUUAUGGAGCACAUCAGUAAGACUGGACACAUUUCAGCUUGUCUACCAGUCAGACCCAGAGAAUAUGAAGUGGUGUGAGUUUUCUCGUGCAGAUCUUUUGUGCGUGUGCAAGCAACAUUUACAGCAGGGUCAACUAAGUCAGGCUUCACUCAUAUGGGCCAGACACUGGAAUAACUUCAAGUCUGUGCUAUCAGAAGCCACAGUUAUAGCUCUGCUGAAUGCAAUUCCUUCUGGUAUGAAGGUCUCUGAUUUGAUUUCUUGGAUUUAUCAGUUCAUUCCUUCGGUACUUUGUGUUACACCACAGUCAAUGCAGCAUGUUGUCAGCUGGACCAUAAAGUCUAUUAAGUCCUUGGAAGUUGAAAGAAGUAAUUGGCUCAAGUUGGGGCUGGAUUUUGCAGAGAAGGUACUUCAAAGUAUAAACAUGAAACCAUAUUCCCAUUUAGAUUUCUACCAUCAGCAGUUAUUGGUGACUAGCACACAUUGCUUGGAGCUUAUUGAAAUGGCCAGUACAUUAAGACAAUUGCAACAGCUGAAAGAGAAUCACAAGAUCCAUGUUGCCCUUGCAGACUUUAUGCAGAGUGACAAGAGUGAAGUGGUUAGCAUUUUACUGGGAAAAGUAGCCCCAGUUGACAUCAAACCAUUAAUGAUUCAGUUUCUCAGAAAGUUCAUGUUGGAUAAUUCUUUGGUACCAGAUAUGGUACUGUCUGAGUGUAUACAUAGAAUUCUCAGUCAGUCAGCAAGUUGGUGGUACUACUAUGCAGAAGCACCCUGGGAAGAUACUGUUGCUGCUGUCAUACCUUGCAUCAAUGACCUUGGGGUACGUGUGAAGUGUAUCAUAUCAGUACUCAAAAUGGCUCCUGUCCCUUGGAGUGCAACUGUAGUUGGUAUUGCUAAACAAGGCCUGGAAGUGGAUAAUCCUUCGAUUGGAUUGCUUAGACAUGAACAGAAGAUGAUGGAUGUGAAAGUUGUUCAAAAGAAGUAUGGUUUCACCAAAUUCUUGGUACAAAAUUGCAAUCUAUAUGACUUAAUGCACCAGAUUCGGAUGAUCUUUAAACAAGGCCAUGAGGAUAUGCUGCAGGAUGCCUUAAAAUAUGCAUCUCUAACUACAAAGUUAUUAGAAGAGACUUACGUGAUCUGUAUUGAACAUUAUCUCGAAAAAGGCAAACAGAAGCAAGCAUUGGAGUUAUUAGAUAGCCUGAAGACUGCUUUGAUUGUUAAAUGCUGCCAGAGAAUAGUUUUCAGAGCCCAAAGUUACCUACAGAGCAGUUUGCAUCACAGGGUUCGUAUCUCAUAUAUGGAGGUGUUGAGGUCCUUGGGUUCAAGACUAGAGAAGGCUGCUUGCAUCAUGGGUGAUACGUUCCUCAAUGAUAUUCCAUUUCAGGAAGUUAGGAACAUGCAUUUCCUUCAUUUGGAGUUUAUGAAAAGAUUGUCACUGAAAGAUUAUAGUUGUGUUCAGUCACGUUCUGAAGUAUUAAGUGAAUGUAUAAGCAAUAUUUUGAGUGCAACAGAUGAUCUAACUAUAAUCUACUGCAAGGUUGGACGGUUAACGCAUCUGUUGCAGUUAUCUGUUGAAGAAGGAAUGUUGGAAAUAAUUCAUCAAGCCACUGGGAAUGGAAAUGUAAUACUUGCCUGCAAUGUUAUGAGGAAUCUACUGCACUUCAGUUCUCUUUCAAAAUCCAUAAACCAAAAACUAUGUCUCGUGGUGUUUCACUUCUUACAGACAAGUUUCACUGCAUCUGAAAUUGAUGCAUGUGCACAGUUAGCACACAGCAUUGCAAGUAAAGCAUGUACACUGUGCAGUUUCGAUGACUUACCUUCAUGGCUGGAACUCUUCCAGUGGAUUCAUACUGCAUUAUACAUAACAGCUUCCUUUAAUGAGCAUGAAGAUGUUUUUGAAGAAAUGAAAUCGAAGGCACAAGACAAUCUGACCAGAUGGAACUUCACACCUCUUUAUAAGGAUCCUGCCAUCUUUUCUGAUAGCAGCCAAGUUAUGUUAUUCCUAAAGGAAUUGUUCUUAUGCAGGCUAUAUCAUAAUGCACCUGGUCAGAUGGAUAAUAGUAAUAUAACUCUGCAACUUGAAGGACUUGCAAAACAGUUACAACAACAACAUCAUGAUCUGGCAUUAGUAAGACUGUGGUGUUCUUUAAAUUCCUGGGCUCUGUCAAUGCCAGAUGAUUCACAGUCAUCCACGUUGCUGUCAGAAACUAAACGUGUUGCCUACGAUUCCAUAUGUGCCCUUCUUUACAAAGUGAUUAUUGCACGACGAUUUGAUGUACAAUUAGGCCUUGCGCUUUUAUUUGUCCUUGGCAUUGAUGCUGCUAAGCAGUGGCUCCUUCAUUCUUUGGAAACCUUCAAGCAAGAUUUUCAAAAACUCAGUUCUGUAUCCUGCUUGGGAGUGCUGUUCUGCAAUUAUUGCAAACUGGACAACAAGCCUUUUCAUUUUAUUCACACAAGAUGCAUAUGGGCUAAAAGACUUGCUGAGUAUGGAAUACAUUGUACUCAGAUACUUACAUCAAACACUGCACAGAACAUGGAAAUAUUACAAUCACUGAUGAAGUUGAAACAUGUGGAUAUUUUAUUGAUAUUGGAAUAUUGCUCUGACUUUGAACUGGAGCGUCAGGAAUGCUUACUGAUGUAUUUGGAAACUAUUCUGAUGACCUGGGAACCAGAAUUUGAGAUUGAGAAAACUGUAGAUGGAGGAGAAGUGAUGAAUGUUCUGAACACAGACACUGAAGUUGCAAGGAGGUGCCAAGAUAUAAUAAAAUUAAUUGAAAAUAAGGAACGUCUGGUCAAGCAUCUAACUUCGAUAUUUAAGCGUCUCAACUACUACAAUUAUGAGAUUUAUAUAUACAUUAUUAAUCUUCUUGAACAACUCCUUCCAUCCCAUAAUUUCAUCAGCAAGAAAUUUCUUCUCAUGUUUCUGAGGAAAUAUAGAAGGGUUCAGGGACCUAAACAAGAAGAACGGGAUAAAUGGCUUCAUUUCCCUCAUUCACUUACCCUGCCAGAAAUUUCACAGUGGCGCCUCCCAUUUUUGCCAUUGAUUGGGUCUAAACCAUUGCUUGUGUUGACACCAGAGUUAAACCUUAAGACCUACAAGCAAUGGAUUGAGUUGUCAGCUGGACUUGGCAUUGAUACAAAUAAUAUAUGUGUUGUUACAGUUCAACAGACAAUUCAAGCCAGGACAACUUCUACUGAUGAGUGGAGGAUCAGUUCACAAGAUGCUUUACUUUUGAAUGAACUAGAGAAGUGUGUGGAUAACAUAAGUGACUUACAAACUGCAAGUGCAUGUAUGUACUUUGUAAUGAAUCGCAUGCCCCCAGGUGCCGACCAGGUAGCUGCAGCAAGAUUGUGUUACACAUACACGCAAAAGUGGGUCAAGAACAAUGGGGAUGCCACUGCAAAAGAAAAGCUGAAUGAUGUGAAACAUAAGUAUUUAUGCUUGGCAACAACUCAUAUAUUGCAUCAGUAUGAUUUGAACAAACCAAAUUACUUGCAGCUUGUUCCCAAACCAUUAAAGCUUAUGUCAGCUCUGUACCAAGAUUCCAGUAUCAUUGCCAGGGGUGACGGACACAUUGUAUGUUUUCCAGACAUAAAUGGUGCUGUAGAAGAUUUGGCAUCUUUGCAUGAAGAGAACUACAUCAAAUUCUGUCUAGAUCAGCUUAACAAAUGGCUACAACCAAAAGGUCUUCAGCCUGGUCUACUGGAAGACACGUGUGGCUUAACAAGACUACUCCAGAAUAACAAAGAAACUGAUGACAGUAUUGAAGACGAUCUUCUCAGAGCAUGUUAUAUCUUGAAGUGUAGAGAGGGAAGCAGUCUUGUAAACUAUGUGGUGAAGCUUGCAUUUCAACUUGGCCUGGGUGAAGAAUGUCCUGUGGCAGUUCAGUUGAGGGCUUUGAAGUGCCUGAUGGCUGUAUCUUGCACUGACAUGCUGGAAGAGCUCACUGGUAGAAACAUCAUUGACAUCAGACAAAUGCUGAAUAGUCUUCAGUAUGCAAGUGAACUGGAGAUGCUUGGAUAUAGCUAUUCAGUGUCUAGUUUUGAAUCAUGCAACAAAUUGGAGUUGGUUAAGGGAAUAUGGAGAACACAGAGCAACAAUCCACAAGCCCUUAUUGUUAUUGCUCGCUUGUGUGUGGAGUUCAGCAUUCAGCAGCACAACAUUUGGACAUUACUUCUUAAACAAAUGACUAAAUAUUCCAUGGUUCGUGAAUUAGAAGUAUUGAUGCUACAUGUGACAGACCUAGGCCACACUCUGAGUAGCAAAGAAUAUGUAGGAGCAUGGGAAUCAGUGCUUUUCACACCAUUCCUGAAAGGUGAAAAAGAAGAUGCAUGCAUUCACAGUUUAAUACUGCUUCAGUCAUGUCCAAUUCUGCGCAGAAUUAACUUGAAUGUUAUCAUUGAACACAGCAUACAACUGCACUGGCCCCAUUUGGCAGCGGCACUUUUACCCUUAUUGGAAAAGGAUGCAUUUUAUCAACAGAAGGAGAAGAUUGUCAGUGUGAGGGGUGCAGUGGAGCUCAUCCAAAAUCUACAGGAGCUUGCAAGUAAAGGUGUUCUAAUAGCAGAAAAGGCAAUUGAAGUUCUGCAACCUGUGCAACCGGGCAUUAACCAUUGACUUCAGCAGAUAACUAAUUUAUACCAGUACUACAAAAUAAUGUUCUUAAAGCAACAUGUAACUUUGAGAAAUGGCACCAAGAAGUUGCAAUUCAAAUUAAAUCUAAUAUUUCAUA